CUCGCGCACGAGCCUCGUUGCUCAGCGGCAGCAGCUGGCUCAGCCGAACUGGCUACUUUGUUACAGCGAAGCCACCGGAGAGAAAACGUAGAGCACACUCGGAAAAAAGUGUGAACAGUUUGCGGGGAUUGGCGCUGCCGAAGGUCUGUCGGCGGGACUUGGCUGCGGCGGCUGUUUGAUGCUCUUGCUAGCGGAUGUAAAGUUUUCCUCGUUUAGCGUCAAAUAGAGUUCUCUUUAAAAGUUGAGCCGAGAAGGAGUUCUCUCAUUCAGGAUGUCGGACUGAGACAAAGGGGUCUGGGGGCAUUCCCGACGGAGCGCAGGUUAAACGUGAUUCCUGAAACCUCCUCUGGAUGGGAAAGAUGGAGAGGGAGCUACAGUGGUGGAAAGGACAGCUAGCUUCAGAUAUCCAUCAGUCUUUACGCAUUAAGGAGCUGAAGCUGCCGGUGUACCGGGCCCACUCCCCACAAAUUGGCAUGAGGCGGUACUUUGCAGACCUGCUGGCCAUCCUGAGUAAUCGCUACCACCUAUGUCCCACAGCGCGUCAUCUGGCUGUUUACCUGCUGGAUUUGUUCAUGGACCACUAUGAUGUUGCUGUCAAACAGCUCUACAUCAUUGCCCUCUCCUGUCUGCUGCUAGCUAGUAAAUUUGAGGAGAAGGAGGACCGGGUUCCCAAACUGGAACAACUUAACUCCCUGGGCUUUAUGUGCAGCCUGAAUCUUGUUCUUAACAAGAGAGAUCUGAUCAAAAUGGAGCUUUUGCUGCUGGAGACCUUCGGCUGGAACCUGUGCAUGCCCACGCCCGCUCACUUUAUUGACUACUAUCUCCAUGCGGCGGUGCAGGAGGGCGACCUCUACAACGGUUGGCCACUGUCCUCCAUCUCCAAGACCAAGGCUUUCAUGGACAAAUACACUCAUUACUUCCUGGAAGUGUCUUUGCAGGAUCAUGGCUUCCUGAAUUUCAGACCAUCCCAAGUUGCUGCUGCUUGUGUGGCAGCAUCUCGUAUUUGCCUUCAGAUUUCUCCAAGCUGGACCACUGCUCUUCAUCUGCUAACAGGGUACUCCUGGGACCACCUCACCCAGUGCAUUGAACUCAUGCUGCUAGCUCAUGACAACGACGUGAAAGAGGCCAAUAAAACCAAAUCCACCCCCCCUCACCGGCCCACGUCUCUGCAGUCCCAACCCCAGACUUCUCACCUCUCUCCAGUGUCGGCCAUCCAGAGACCAGCAUCCUCCAACACCUCCUCCACACCACAGUUGCUCUUUCAGCCCGACGGCUUCCCUCACCUCUCCCAGCAUUCCCCGUCCCUGUCUCAGCUGCAAGUACUCGCUGACUCUCAGGUUUUGGGACCAGUAGUAAACAUGUCUCAGGACUUCCUUCAGAACCACAGGGUGGGUCUGCUAACGGGGGCGCCCUCCAUCACUCCUGGUGGAGCAUUCCCUUCCUACUCUAGUCUUACUUCAGGUCUCCAGCCAGCAGCCCGUGCUCUGCCUCUCCAGGGCCCCAUCUCUGUGCAGAUGGCCCUUGCAGGAGAACCACGACACUGCCUGAGCAUGGCCUACAGUGGUGGCUAUCUGGGCUCACAUCACACGUUCACUGCUGGUUGCUUUGAUAGGUGACGCCAGGAGACGGAGGGGGAAGGUAAACCUUUGCGGGAGUCCACUGCAAUGCUUCUGACUUCGAUCCCAACCAGGAAACACCCACUUGCAGACCUCCUUUCUCUCUCCGUCGACACGGCGACACCUUCGGUCCUGCCAGCUUCCCCGUCCCGCUCACAGAGACGGCUCAAACGCAAGCAGAGGUUCAAAGGCAAAACGGAUCCGGUGGAAGUCAUCACACUGACGUGACAAAUGCAUAACUGCCUCAUAAUAAAUACUGAGGCACAGCAGACAUUUUACCGCCAUAUACUGAACAGAGUCUAUAAAUCUGUUAUUAUGAGACUGUCAUCACUGUGAAUGAGAUGAAAGCAGCAGUGUGAUCAUACACCCACCUCAUUCAGUGCCUGUUCUCAGUUGUGUGUGAUCGCUGAGCCAGUUUUAGAAAUGCACCGAACACCAAGUAUCUGGUAAGCCCAUCUUGCUGCUUGAUGUUUUGUUUCUAGUUCUCAUCCCAAAAACGUAACACAUUUCAUAGAAAAUUUAAUUUAGAUCCUUUUUUUAAUCCAAGCUCUCAUUUGACUAAAGAUUGAAAAUGGCCCGUUGCUUAUUUUGAAGAGCUUAAAGAGCUGUUUGCCAGUGGAAUUUAUUUCUCCUAAAAAUCUGCAAACAUCUGAUGUAAUGAGCUGAAAGGCUCCUCUGGGGACUCCUCACAACACAGGACCCCAGCAGAGACCAAGGAUUCAUUGUUUAGUUCACAGCAGGCGAUGUUCAUGGCUCAAACAGGCCUGCAGUGUUCACUUUUGCAUUUCCUUCUCUUUUAUUUCCAAAGUCGAGCCUUGUGACAGAAUUCACACACACAGAUGAAAACGUGGCUCCUCGUAUACGUUUGAGACUCCAGCACCACACAGAUGGGUGUGACUGAACCAGCACGGUGGAGGAGAUACGGACGUUGGUUGUGUGUUGAACAUACAAAAUGCUGCUGCCUUUAAAAUAGUUGGUUCUGUAUCUGUGUUAAUGACUCCCAAUGUUUACAUGAACCAUGAUCAGGGACUUGAUCAAGAUUACUUGAAUACGAUGCCAUUGAAACAUGCCAUAGCUUUUAUUUAUGUCUUUUUGUUCUUAUUUUAUUCAUAGGUUUUGUUUGAAAUAGUGUAGCUUUUUAUACCAACGUAGGAACCCACUAUUAGUUAGGUGUAGUUUUGUUUUUGUAGAAACUAAUGCUCAGGUUCUAAGGCGGAAGUUUUCUUCCUUUUCCUUCAUUGUUCUGUGUUCAUGGUGCUUUAAUGUAGAUGCUAAUGCAGCAUCUGUGGGGGCUGCAGUAUCCCCCUCGUCACUGGACUCUUCUCUGUGGUUAUCAUAGGUCUCACACAUAAACAUCCACAGCCAGUCAUCUGUAAUUGCUUCCCAAAUUUACAAAGCUGCAAUCCCCGAUCUUCUAAACACGACUAGGUUCUUGGUGCUGAUCACAGGGUUACCCACUGGUUGUCAAGGUGAUGCUUUAAACAUGUGGACCUCAAGGUUAGCCUUGUUUUGACUGGAUUAGGGCUGCAGUUAAUCUCCAAAUAUCAAUACAAAAAUACAAUGUAAAUGUCAAAGUUCUUCUGUCAAGGUUUGAUAAAUGAACCAGAUUAAUAGACUAAACUUUCUAGUUUUAAUGAAAAUAAAAAAUUAAACGAACCAGUUUUAAAUGAAUGUUUGGGCCCUUUUGAAGUAUUUUCCUGUGAAAAAGUUCUGAGCGUUAACGAUCCUAACCACGUUUAGAUGCAGCUCUCUGCUUGGAGAAACCGAGUUCUAACGUCUGAUGAGCUAACGGCUACUUCAAGCUAGUGUGGAUAUCGUGGUUCCAGACGUGACCUCUGGAGGCAUCAGAUUGUUGUUGCUGUUGGGGAUGUUAACGCCUUUAACUGUACAGCAAAGUAAAGGUUUCUCACACAUUUUACACUGAUUGCAGCCCAUUGAUGGCAGCAGUGCACUUUGGUCUUUGCUGAGCAUCAGUUAGCCUUCAGUUUAUUAUUCCUGUAUGGACUAAACUCUGUUUCUCCAAACAGAGGCUGUUCAGGAAGCUGUCUUAUUGUUGUAACUGAAACCCCUCAGAACGACUCAAAAAAAUCCCUUCGAGUGCUGUAAGAAACACCAGUAGUUAAAAUCUUCAGGCUGGUUUAACACACUGUUGUGUAUUGUUGACACUGGACAUCCCCGUCGUGUUUGUGCCUUGCUCUCAGCAGCUCUCGUGCUUCACGUGUGACCCUUCUGUUCCAGCACCGCUCAGACAGCACUACAUGAAGCCUCACCUCCACAUAAACACCAAACCCAUACAGCUGAUGUGUUUACAUCAGAGUCUAUGCUUUUCUAACUUUGUGUAUUGUUUCAUUAUUUCCUACAUUCCCUUUGUUCCAAUUAUGUUUUAGUCCGAUAUCUUUCAUGGUGGUGAUUUGUACACGUUGUUUUUGAAGUUGGCUCUUUUCCUCAUAUUUCAGGAGCAGCUUCAGAUCGAGGGUGUCAAAGGUGCAAUAAGAUGUUUUUGUUUUGUGUUCCUCCCUGACCACAACCGUUACCGUUCCACCACUUCCUCUCUUGUAACUUAUUUUUGAUCAACGUGUAGUUUGACUUGAUCUCCUCUGAAAGGCAGUAGACUGGAUACGGUGAUUAUGCUGCAUAUUGCAGCCACAAGCUAGGAGUGAUGAUACUGAUGUGUUUUUAGAGUUUCACGGCGCCUUUUUCCUCCUCCGGACCAUAAGUGGUGCCGAUGCCACUCACACGAGUGCUCUUGUUCUGUUGAAACGCGAUAACCAUAAGCUUCCUUUUUUUCUUUCUUUUUUGAUUCUUUUGUGUAGUCGUGAUUUAUGUGACACUGAAUGAUGAAUUGUUUUAUCACAGUGCCGUGAAAGAAUAAACACACAAGUGAGCUGA